AUGGAGGGCAUCCGGGGCCGGGGCCGGGGCGGGCGACGGCGGCGAGGAGGGGGGCUUCCCGAGGGACUCUCGGACCUGGGCACCGUGAGCUCCACUGUAGAUGUUGAAGCCGGACCCUACAAGAAACUCCCGGAGUUGGUCCCAGCAGGGGUGGGUACAUCCCUGCUGCCCCCCGGGAACCACCCGGGCCCUUCCCCCGCCCGACGUCGGCACCGCACCACGUUCAGCCCGGAACAGCUGGACCAGCUGGAGGCGGCCUUUGGGAGGAACCCGUAUCCCGACAUCUGGGGCCGUGAGGCCCUGGCUCGGGACACGGCCCUCAAUGAGGCCCGAAUCCAGGUCUGGUUCCAGAACCGCAGGGCCAAGCAACGGAAGCAGGAGCGGACACUUCCCCGGCCACUGCCCUCUCCGACCACUGCCAUCCUGUCUGGUCUCGUGCCGGCCAUCUGCCCCGUCCUCCCGCCCCCUGGAACUAAAGCCGUGGGGCCCGUUGGAAGGGCCGCACGGGCUGCCCGCGAACAACACGAGAGCUCGGUCUAG